UGUCAAACCACCUGCUCCAGGGCUACAAAAGCCUUAAGCACCUCUUGCUGCAGGACCCAGGAAGACAGGGCUUGCGCGUGGCAGCCUCCAGAGAGGAGAGAAGCAGCCACCCUUGGCGACCACAGCAGGCCAUGCCAGGACGGAACCACGCCUGUUAGGAGGACUUCAGGCAUCCAAAGGAGAGAGGGAGAGGGAGCAGAGAUCUCUCAGUUACACAUUAGACAUCGUGGAAGCCCAGGGAGACCCACGCGAGCUUAUCAUUAACUUGGCGGCACUGCCAGGCGAUAUAAAGCCGAGAGCAGGAGAAGGACAAGAGGCACCCAGAGCGGCAGGAUGGCAGCCACACCGGCAACCGCGGCCACGACCAUGGCAGUCUCAGAGGAGGAUGAGGGGCUGGCCAUCAACAACCCUGCAGACAUCUCUGUCAUUGUCCUGUACUUCUUGAUAGUGCUGGCGGUGGGAGUAUGGGCCAUGUAUUCAACAAACCGCGGGACGGUUGGGGGAUUCUUCUUAGCAGGCCGGAGCAUGGUCUGGUGGCCGAUCGGUGCCUCUCUGUUUGCCAGCAACAUUGGGAGCGGCCAUUUUGUAGGCCUGGCCGGGACGGGGGCAGCCGCCGGGAUCGCGAUCGGGGGCUUCGAGUGGAAUGCUCUGGUGAUGGUGGUCAUUCUGGGCUGGAUGUUUGUCCCCAUCUACAUCAAGGCCGGAGUGGUGACAAUGCCGGAGUACCUGCGGAAACGGUUUGGGGGGAAGCGCAUUCAAAUCUACCUUUCCAUCCUCUCUCUCUUCCUGUACAUCUUCACUAAGAUCUCAGCAGAUAUAUUUUCUGGUGCGAUCUUCAUCAAGGAAGCCAUGGGGCUGAAUAUUUACGUGGCCAUCAUUAUCCUGCUCGCCAUUACAGCCCUUUAUACCAUCACAGGAGGACUUGCGGCCGUCAUCUACACGGACACAUUGCAAACUUUUAUCAUGCUGGUGGGCUCCAUUGUCCUGACCGUCUUUGCGUUUGAAGAAGUCGGAGGAUAUGAGGCAUUCACGUACAAGUACAUGAAUGCGAUCCCGCACGUUGGAAAUUCCAGUAUCCCUGAAAAAUGCUACACUCCCCGUCCAGAUGCGUUCCAGAUAUUCCGGGAUCCCAUCAAUGGUGACUUGCCAUGGCCGGGACUCAUCUUUGGCCUGAGCAUCCUGGGCCUCUGGUACUGGUGCACAGAUCAGGUCAUUGUCCAGCGGUGCCUCUCAGGCAAGAACAUGUCCCAUGUCAAGGCUGGCUGCAUCAUGUGUGGUUACCUGAAGCUGAUGCCCAUGUUCCUGAUUGUCAUGCCAGGCAUGAUCAGUCGAAUUUUGUACACAGAUACGGUGGCUUGUGUAGUUCCUGAGACGUGUCUUAAGGCAUGUGGGACACCAGUUGGCUGUUCAAACAUCGCCUACCCAAGGAUGGUGGUCAAACUGAUGCCGAACGGAUUGCGAGGUCUGAUGCUGUCUGUCAUGUUGGCGUCUCUGAUGAGCUCCCUCACCUCUAUCUUCAACAGUGCCAGCACGCUCUUCACGAUGGACAUCUACACUAAAAUACGGCAGGGAGCGAAAGAGCAGGAGCUCAUGAUAGUGGGCAGGCUGUUCAUGCUAAUCUUGAUUGCGGUCAGCAUCGCCUGGGUCCCAAUAGUGCAGUCGGCUCAAAACGGGCAGCUUUUCGACUACAUCCAAUCCAUCACCAGCUACUUGGGGCCCCCCAUCGCAGCUGUCUUUUUCCUUGCCAUUUUCUUCAAGAGGGUCAAUGAACAGGGGGCCUUCUGGGGCCUGAUUCUGGGGCUGCUGAUUGGACUGUCUCGAAUGAUCACCGAGUUUGCCUAUGGAACUGGCAGCUGCGCUAAGCCCAGCAACUGCCCAGAUAUCAUCUGCAAAGUCCACUACCUCUACUUUGCCAUCAUCCUGUUCGUCAUCUCCAUCAUCAUCAUUUUGACUGUCUCAUACCUGACCAAGCCCAUUGAUGACGUCCAUCUCUAUCGCCUCUGCUGGAGCUUGAGAAACAGAAAGGAGAAACGCAUUGACCUGGAUGCCGAGGAGAUGGAGGAAGAGCCAGUCUACGAAGAAGAAGAAGCUUUCCCAGAUAAGGAGCAGGGUUGUUGCAGGAAGGCAUACAACUGGUUCUGUGGCUUGGAGACCAUAGCAGCUCCCAAGCUCACCAAAGAGGAGGAGGAAGCCAUGAAGGAGAAGUUGAUGGACACAACAGAGGACCCCUUCUGGAGGCGGGUGGUCAACACCAAUGGCAUCAUCCUCCUGGCCGUGGCAAUCUUCUGCCACGGCUUUUUUGCAUAGACUCGUGCAUAGACUAGGUGUUUUCCUUCCCUCUUUCCCUUUGAAAUGAAGGUCUCCCUCUCCCCCUGAGAUUGCUUCGUGAAGCCGUAAUUUGUAAGUUAUGCCCUUACCAGGCCUGACACUUAUUUGUGCCAAUCAAGUUGAUUAAUUGUUUAAUCAAAUGAGUUAAUCGGUGGGUGGGGUGCCUCUCCUCUGAAAGGGGGAAGGAGGAGCCCCACAGCUCAGAGAUAAAGAGGAAGGGGUGAGGAGAACCACAUCAGCAAUGCUCAGGGUCUGGCAAACCAUUUUUGGACUCUUAUUUUUACAAAGUGUUUUUUUAUAUAUAAAAAUGCUGCUUUUCUAUGUUUAAAAUGUUGUGCUUUCCCAUAAGUGAUUACUUGUAAAUAAUAAUGAUAGUAAUAAGUACAAGUCCCUAAAAUAGAGGCUGAGUUUCAUAUUCUUUGGAUCUAUCUGCUUGAAUUCCUUUUAGGCAGAAUCUCUAAAUUGUUUCUCUCCC